AUGCUUGCAAGGACUCGUUUUGCCGUGGUCUUGAGAAGAACAGGCCAGUUCCAAAGGACUGCGAGCAGAGCGCUGUCAGGCUCACCAUGUUUAUACAAUCUGCCCACCGAUAAGAAUGCUCAGCAGCCAACCUCCAGCGAGGGAGAAACUCCAAAACGUAAGCCUCUGAGUAGAAUCGCCAUUGGUGGCACGACGAAUCAUUCCCAGCGGAACAGUGGUGGCUCCAUCGAGUUUGCAACGUGGAAAAUGGCCGCUUUACUGCUCACACUGGGCGGGACCCUGUACUACUUCUUUGCCAAAGAGAAAAGAAGACUGGAAAUUGAAAAGGAGGCCGAGGCUAAUAGGGGUUACGGAAAGCCCCUCGUCGGUGGACCUUUCAAAUUGGUGGACUUCAACGGCAACGAAUUCACCGAAGAGAACCUCAAGGGCAAGUUUUCAAUCAUCUACUUUGGAUUCUCGCAUUGUCCAGACAUCUGCCCCGACGAGCUCGACAAGCUCAGCGUGUGGCUGGAUAAGCUAAAACAGAAGGGUAUAGAGCUGCAGCCUAUUUUCAUCACUUGCGACCCUGCAAGAGACCCCCCACAUGUGCUUAAGGAGUAUUUGAGCGAGUUCCAUUCUGAUCUGAUUGGCCUCACCGGCGACUACAACGCUGUUAAACACGCGUGCAAACAGUACCGCGUGUAUUUCUCCACUCCACCAUCGCUGAAGCCAGGCCAAGAUUAUUUGGUCGACCACUCCAUUUUUUUCUACCUGAUGGACCCAGAAGGUCAAUUCAUUGACGCUCUCGGAAGACAAUAUGACGAGAAAACUGGUGUGGAAAAGAUUCAAGAGCAUGUUAAAGCGUUUGUGCCCAAGGAACAGCGUGAAAAACGGAAGCACAAAUGGUAUUCUUUUCUUUUCAACUAG